AUAAAUAUGCCUCUAAUAACGGUGAGAAAAUGUAUUUCUACAAAAAUAUUCUACAAUUUUAUGACACACAUCAAGUCUGAUAGCGAAACUUAAUUUGUAUUUUUCUCGUGCAUGCACGUACUUCCCAUUAUGUAAAUACAUCUAGUCUAGACGUACCAGUCACAAUCACACGCGAUAAUAAUUCUAUCGCAGUUUGUCAUGAGGCCCAUUUUCUGACACUAUUGGGUCACGACGGCCGGUGAGAAGAUAAGCCGCGCGAUCUGUAUUCAGGUUGCGUUCGCGAUUAUAGUUGGUGUUCCCGGCCUAAAUACUUUUCAAAAAGGCCGUCGUUGUUAAGAUAUAUGAUGGUGAUGAUCGAUGCCGCUAAUUAAUUUAUGGAGUCUGCAGGGCGACAUUAAUUUUGCCGCCACAGAGAUUAUCAUUCAAAGAAGAUCGAUGCAGGACGUCGCACGCCUCGCCAAAAGCCAAACGCUUGGUAUAUCGCGAAAAUUUCCCGAGAUAAACAUCGUAUUUGCAUAUCCGGUGUCCAAAAGUUCUGCUAGUGAAUGUACUACCGCGAAUAAGGGUUACGUAUAUAUAAAGAAAGGAACGCGACACCUAGCCAUGUCAGACUAAGUAGUGCUCGAGUUCAGAACAAAGAAACAAUGGCUGCAACGCGGAUAAUUUUACUGCUCAUAGCAAUUGGCGCCAGUUCAGGAUUGCCAGCUAAAAGUCAUCGUAGGUCCCACAGUCACUCUGUGCCGCCUGAUCCGCGCUUUGAUGGGGUUUUCGAAGAUGGCCACAAUCAUCAGGAAAUCGCCGAUCGCAUAAAUUCCUGGAGUUUGAACGAUGCGGAGAAUGUUUGGGAGCUGAGUGGCUUGCACGAGGGUGACAUAAUGAUCCAUCCAAACAGUCAGUCGUGGAAAAAUGGCCUCCUAGAUGCUACUGCGCGAUGGCCUGGCGGUAUCGUGCCGUAUUUCAUAGAGGAAAAUGAUUUCGACAAGGACCAAGUCAAGCUGAUCGAGGAAGCCAUGCAGGAAUAUCACGAGAGAACCUGUUUGCGUUUUCGCCCUUACAAGGACACCGACGAGGACUACGUGAAGAUACAAGCGAAAAGUUCGGGAUGUUGGUCCCUCGUGGGUCGUCACAAUCAUGGACAGGUGUUGAAUUUACAAAAUCCGGGAUGCGUUCAUCACGGUGUAGUCGUUCACGAGAUCAUGCACGCCUUAGGCUUUUACCAUCAACAGAGCGCCGCGGACCGAGACGAGUGGGUCACCAUACAUUGGGAGAACAUCAAAUUCGGUAGGGAGCAUAACUUCAAUAAGUACGAUAAUCGCACUGUGACCGACUAUGGCAUCAGUUACGAUUACAAAAGCAUCAUGCAUUAUAGUUCUCAUGCGUUCUCCAGAAAUGGAGAACCCACUAUUACACCCAAGAAAGAGAAGAUAAAACUUGGUCAGCGAGAUGGGCUCAGUGAAAAGGACGUAGCCAAAGUACAGGCAAUGUAUAAAGAACAAUGUGAUGAUCGUGAGCCGGAAAUAAUCGGCAGCAGUGAAUCUUCCGAAGAGAUUUCUGUAGGAUGGCUAUUCGAUUAAAUUCACAUGGCCGAAUCACAUAUCAAAUUCUCCAAC